AUGCAGUUCACCUAUCAGACCAUUAGCACCUUUGUGGCUUUUGUGCUCUUUAGCGCGGUCAAUGCUGCCCCAGUCUCCGAAGUCGCCGCUGGCGCUGUCGCAUGGGCCGACCCUGCGGACUGCCAUAAAUUCUACGAAUGCCCCUCCGGCGGUACCCCUGUCUUGAAGACCUGCGGUCCCGGAACUGCCUUCCAGGCGAGAACUAGUGUCUGUGACUACGAGUACAAUGUUGCUAGCUGCUGGCAUCACUAG